AUGGACCCCAACAACCCCGGCUAUCCUCUGCACCCGCAACCCCCUUAUCCCGUCACUUCGCAGAGUCCACCCGGUCAGCCAUUCCCUUACUACUCGAACGCAAUGCCCUCCUUUCCCCAGCAGAAGACGCCUGCCCAUCUACCGCACCAAUCCCAGCAGUCUACCCUCGGUGUGCCUCUGCAACCCGGUCCCGGUGGAGCGGUCAUGCCCGCCGGCUUUCCCCAACAUUCGUCCGGACCCCACGCCAACUUCUCAGCGCCUCCAUUCGCCCAGCCACCUGUCCCGACCUCCAUGGGCCAGUUCCUUCCGCAGACCACCUCCGCUGCCAGUCUUCCUUCGUCCGCUGCGCAAUCCUAUUCUCAGAACAUGGCCUCCGUGUCGGCAAACAGCAUGGCAAUCGCGCAGCAACAAAGACCCGUCCCGCAACAACAACAACAACAACAACCACAACAACAACAAACUCCAUCGCAACCGCCCUCGCAAGGCUCCCAAGGGGCCGUCGCCAGCGCUCAGUCCCCGACCCCCGCCGCGUCGGCACGCGAGAAGGCUCGCGUCGCCGCUCUCCUCGAUAUCAAUUCGAUGCUCUUGCAAGAAGUCGUGAAUCUGCAAGCCGCCGGUAAGGCGGGAGGUCCGCCCGCCAGCCAGCCCGGGGGACCGGACGGCAACCCGUCGCCCACGUCGGAGCAGGCCGCCGACGCGACCAAGGGGCCGGCUCAAAAACCGAGCCCCGAAUACCUUGAGUGCAUGCGGCGGCUACAGGCCAAUCUGGCGUACCUAGCGACCGUGGCCGACCGGGCGAAGAAAUCCGGCGGCGUGGCUCCACCCAACCCGGGCAUCAUGACGCCGCCUCCGCACAUGUCGUCCAUGAACGACAUCUAUAACAGGCUCAGCGAACUAUUCCCUCACACGGCGCACGGCACGCCCCAACAAAGUCCGCAGCCACCGCAAGGCAACGGCAAGCCCAGCCCAUCGCCCGCCACGGACUCCGUUGUCUGA